AUGUCAAAUCGGCACAACCUAAGCGGCGGUGGUUUCACGACUGGGCGACAUUCUACGACAUACGACUAUAUAUCCCCGUUGAAACUGGACUUGACUGGUAGUCAUGUCCUGAUUACUGGCGCAGCAUGGGAGGACGGAGUUGGGUAUGCAACAGCCAUGGCUUUUGCGCGUGCAGGAGCGUCUGCGAUCGCAAUAGUCGAUCUACACGGCGUAUCGGAUGAGCUUGUUGCAAAGUUGAAGCUGGCCGCCACGCAAGCUGGACGUGCCGAGCCCAUAGUGAUAAGCUGCAAGGUCGACAUUGCAGACUCAAACAGUGUCCACGCCAUGCAUGCCACUGUAGCACAGGCCUUUGAUGGCCGUCUGGACAUUGUUAUAAACAACGCAGCCCACAUGGAACCAUAUGAGCCCCUCCUCGAUGCGGACCCAGAUAUAUACUGGCGGACCUAUGAGGUCAACGUCCAUGGACUUUUCAACAUGGCGCGCGCCUUCCUCCCCAUGCUGCUCUCAGCUAAUGCUAGCGACAAUGGUCUAUGUACAAUGAUCAACGUAGCCUCUUCGGGCGCAUUGACUGCUCGACCCGGAAGCGGGAGCUAUCGCAGUUCUAAGCUUGCGAUAUUGAGGUGGACCGAGACCUUACAGCUAGAGUACGGUGACCAGAGACUUCUUGCCUUCUGUGUAAACCCGGGUGCUAUCAAGACCAAGAUCACAGAAACUGCGCCCGAGGCAGUGAGGAAUAUGUUCCCAGAUCGACCAGACGUUGCGGGUGAUACAAUCGCAUGGUUAGCUGCUGAGCCAAGGGAGUGGUUGGCUGGAAGAUACGUAAGCUGUCCGUGGGAUAUGGAGGAGCUAGUCGAAAAGAAGGACGAAAUCGUUGAGAAAGACCUGCUCAAGAUGAGAAUGGUGUUCUGA